AUGCCUCCACCGAAUCCCGACUGGGUCAAGGCCCUGGUGCCUUCUGGCCCUCAUGGACCAGAGCUCCUGGAACAAGAAAGAUCUAAAUCAAACGUCAACGUCAACCAACUCGCUGAAUUUCUACACACUAGCCAGGUGCUUGAGAGAAAUGCAAAGAUCCUGGAGAUCCUGCAAGCACAUCCCGUCUUUGACAAGUCUCAAAAUUACUUCAAUGGUCGAAUCGACAAGAUCAAGGCCGCUCUAGCGAGAGCAAAGGCCCUGCGGCAGUUAUCAAUCAAGCACCAAUGGAGCCAGGAGGAGUAUACUGCUGCCAAUGACCUCAUCAGCGAGCCUACUCCCUACGGCCUGCAUGCAUCCAUGUUCCUGAAGACGCUGCAAGAGCAGGGCACCCCUGCCCAACACAAGCUGUUUUUGGAAAAAGCACAAAACUAUGAAUACAUCGGCUGCUACGCGCAAACCGAGCUUGGCCACGGCUCCAACGUUCGCGGUCUGGAAACGACGGCUACUUGGAACCAGGAAGACAAGACAUUUACAAUUCAUUCACCGCACCUAACUGCCUCCAAAUGGUGGAUCGGCUCUCUCGGAAAGGCUGCAAAUCAUGCCGUAGUCAUUGCACAGCUUGUCAUCAAUGGCAAGUCAUACGGCCCGCACCCAUUCGUCGUUCAAAUUCGAGAUCUCAAGACUCACAAGCCCUUGCCAAACAUCCACGUCGGAGACAUUGGCCCCAAGUUUGGUUACAACACCAUGGAUAACGGCUUCUUGCUCUUCAACAAGAUCAAAGUCCCCCACAUCAACCUGCUCAGCCGGUUCUCGGGGGUAGACCCAGACACUGGCAAAUACGUCAAGCCCCAGAAUCCGGCCCUUGUCUAUGGCACCAUGACAUACAUCAGGUCUACCAUUGUACUUCAGUCGGGAUCUGUGCUUGCCCGUGGUGUUACCAUUGCGGUCCGGUAUUGCGCUGUCCGUCGUCAAUUCCAAGACCGUGACAGCACCAACGACGAACAUGGCGAAAACCAAGUCAUCGAUUACACAAUGGUUCAACAUCGAUUGCUCCCCCUGUUGGCAGCUACAUACGCUCUGCACUUCACGGGCCGUGCCAUGCUGAGACUAUACAACGAGAACCAGAAGCGCAUGGCUAACCCGUCUUCAGCCACGUCCAGUGACAGCGACAUCCUGCCCGACCUCCAUGCCACUUCCUGCGCCUUGAAGGCAUUCUCAUCGACUGUUGCUGCAGAGGGUCUCGAAGUCUGCCGUCGCGCCUGCGGUGGUCACGGAUACUCUGCAUUCUCUGGCAUCGGCAGCUGGUAUGCCGAUUACCUGCCCACCGUCACCUGGGAGGGCGACAACUACAUGCUCACUCAACAAGUCGCUCGUUAUCUGCUAAAGUCAGCACGAGGCGUCCUAGCAGGCAAACCAGCGUCUAAUGAUAUUUCACGCGUUCUCGCGGAAUUCAUCGCAAGACAAGACAUUGGCGCCGCCUUUGACAUUCUGGACAAUGAUGAGGACCUCGUCAAGGCCUUUGCCUGGAGAGUAGCAUUCUUGACGUUUGAGGCUCUCAAACACAGGGAUGAGGAGAAGCAAUCGUGGAAUAGCCUCCUCAUCGACUUUUGGCGUCUCUCUACUGCAUUCGCUCAGUAUCUCAUUGUGAAGAACUUUUACGAAACACUUCAAGACGAGACUACAAAGUCUUCGCUUGAUUCAUCCACAACGACAAUGCUCCGCAGUCUCUUCCAUCUCUUUGCGUUGAACUAUUUGCAGUCGCACGCAUCUGAAUUCUUUACCAGUGGUGCCAGCACUGUGCGCCAAAUCCAGCUUGCUCGCACGAAACGGACCUUGUCUCUGCUCAAGGAAAUUCGUCCACACGCCGUCAAGUUGGUUGAUGCGUGGAAGUUCCCAGAUUGGCAACUCGACAGCUCGCUGGGUCGUUACGAUGGUCGGGUCUAUGAGGACAUGUUCCACAGGGCGUCGGAGGUGAACCCUCUUAAUGACAUUACCUUUGAUCCUUACCCAGAUUCGAGUGUCUUGUUCCAGGGCGACAAGCGGCCGUCGAAGCUCUAA